CGUCAAAGGAAAACAAAAGGAGGCCGACGGUACUGUUGCGUAUACAAGUGCCACAACUACGUCGGGAUGAGGGAGGAUAUAUCCUUCUACGUUUUCCCAUCUAAACCCUACGAACAAGAACGGAGGCGGCGUUGGAUCCAAGCAGUCAGGCGAGCGGAUGAAGACGGUCAGCCGUGGCAGCCAGGACCAAACAGCAGAAUCUGCAGUCGGCAUUUCGUCGGAAACAAAAUGAGCAAUAUCAUGCACCAUCCGGCAUAUGUACCAACCAUUUUCCCUUCGGAAUACCACCGCCAAGCCCCUUCUGAUGCCAGCGCACCAAGCGAACGAUACGAAAGGUGGGCAGCACGGCAUCGAUCCAGCGCGGACUUUUCAGUGGGAGCUUGUCAGCCUACACAGCUUGACAAGGGUCAAUAUAUGCAGCCAGAAAAUGAUGACAAGGACAAGGAUGUUUGCUCCCAGAGCCAUAGUCAUCUUGACCCAGAUAAAAAUGCAAGUUUUCUUCCGCUCAUUGCAAGCCCAGUUAUGUUGCACGACAUCGGUUUGCUCACAUGUUGUCUUCACUGUGUCACGACACAAUGGAAUGUUGUCCAGUCAUAUGUAAAGUGUUUUUACCUGUCUCGUGCAGGAAAAAUGUGAGCCUGCUGUGAACAGCCUUAAUCAGGAGCAGUCUGUUUACCAAGUUGCUCCACCAAGUGACAGUGUGAGUUUAAAGCUCUUCAGUUCGCACAUUGCUGAAGUUCAGGUGCAGCAAAAUUUUUUGUUUUUGUUCUUGUACUUUUUAGUACAUCGCUGGUCAGCAGAGCCAUGGCGUUAAAGAAACAUUUCCUGAACCAUUGGAUCCGACAACUGGGCAACCAUGCCAGACUGACCCACCGGCCAUGCCUGCUGGAACUUUGCUGUCGCAGAGAUGCCCGCUCAUGCUUCAUCGCGCUGUAGGACAGGAUACAAGAUCUUGCUUCUUUGGGGGCUAUGACACACUUUCCCUCACACCUGGGGCAAUAUCAGACUUAUGUGGGGUUGAUGAGAAAGUGUUUUCCCUCCUGUUAAGCAUGCUGCCUCAGGUGAGAGAUAAAGCGAGUGAUGUCAGCCUCCCAAACAAGCUUGUGAUCUUCCUUGUUAAAAUAAAACAUGGUAUGC